AUUAACAGAAUAAAAAUGAUAAUACAGAAAAUGCUUGGAAGUGCUUCAAAUUCGGAGCUAUGGAGUUUUGCCACAGUUCUUAUCAUAGGCAUUAGCAUUUAUACAUUUUGGGGUUAUCUAAAAUCGGUGUUAUUAUCAUUGCAAUUGUCUGGACCGCCAUCAGUUCCAUUUUUAGGCAACUGUCUACUUAUCAAAGAAAAAGAUUUAUUACGAAAUCGUGUUGCUCCAGCCUUUAAUUUAUAUGGUUCAUUGGUGCGCGUGUGGGUAUUGCUGUUUCCAUUUUUCGUAGUACUGCAGCCAGAUGAUUUACAGAUAGUACUGUCCUCCAAGAAACACACAAAUAAAUCUUUUUUCUACAAGCUAAUGCAUAACUUUUUGGGUAAUGGACUAAUUACCAGUAGUGGAGAUAAAUGGCAUGCUCAUCGCAAACUGAUCCAACCAAUGUUCCAUCUGCACAUUUUAGAAAAAUUUAUAGGUACAUUUGCAGAUGCGUCACAGGUUUUAUGUGAGACUUUAGACAUCACCGAUUGUAAUGAAAUUAAUAUAGCAAAAUUUGUUAAUAAUUGUGUAAUGGAUAUAUUAAAUGAAGCCGUUCUUGGUGUACCAGUUAAAAAGAAGGGUUUAGUAGAUAUGGAACAGUCACCGUUUAGACAAGGUAAAGUGGUGAUACCACAGCGAUUUGUGCAACCUUGGUUGUUAUUGGACAGCAUUUAUCACAUGACCAAACUUGCCUCAGAAGAACUUGAUCAGAAGCAACGACUAAAUGAUUUUACACGUCAAAUGAUUAAACGUCGUAGAGAAAUGUUUUUAAAGGACAAUAAUACAAACAAUAACAACAACAACAGUAACGAGCGUAAAUGCCUUCUUGAUUAUAUGAUUGAAAUCGCUGAUACUAAUCCUGAUUUUACUGAAGAAGAUAUCGUAAACGAAGCCUGUACAUUUAUGCUAGCUGGUCAAGAUAGUGUUGGAGCAGCAGUAGCAUUUACUAUAUUUCUGCUUGCCCAAAACCCUGAUUGCCAACAAAAAUGCUGUGAAGAAAUUGAUCAAAUAUUUGCUGAUGAUAACAAAAGAUCACCAACUAUGAGUGACUUACGUGAAAUGCGUUAUUUAGAAAUGUGCAUUAAGGAAGCACUAAGAUUGUAUCCAAGUGUUCCCUUAAUAGCUCGCAAACUGGGAGAAGAAGUACGUCUGGGAAAAUAUACAUUACCAGCUGGUAGUAAUGUUUUUAUAUGCCCUUAUGCUACACAUCGUUUACCACACUUUUAUCCGGAUCCAGAAAAAUUUGAUCCAACAAGAUUUGCCCCAGAAAACAAUGAAAAUAGGCAUCCAUACGCCUUCAUACCUUUCAGCGCUGGCCCUCGUUAUUGUAUUGGCAAUCGAUUUGCAAUUAUGGAAAUGAAGACAGUUGUCUCCCGGUUAUUGCGUAGCUAUCAGAUAUUUCCAGUUCCGGGAAAAACAACAUUUGAAGCUACAUUUCGUAUUACAUUGCGUGCAUCAGGUGGAUUAUGGGUUAAAUUGAAACCACGAGAAAGACCAAUGAAAUGAAUUUGUCGUAAUUUAAGUUGUAGAUCUUUAAGUAAAUUUAGUUAUGUCGAAAUCUUUAGGAACUAAGUUAUUUAUAUGCCUUUAAUAUUAUUAAAAUUUUUAUGGGUUACAAAAUUAGAUGUGAAAGCAUCUAUAUAAUAUGGAAAUUAUACAAGAAUUUGGGUUAAUGAGGAAACUAAAAAGAACCAUUCGAAGGUUAAAUGUUGUAAUUCGAAGGGAUUAUAUCGUACAAAUUUAAAAUUUGUUAUUCAAGGUAUUUUAACUGUUUCUAAUUUCCAAAAUAAAAUUAUACCAACUGAA